GCGGAGCCGCGGGCAGGCCGGGCCGCCCCAGAGCCCGGCGUCCGCCUGCGCUCCGCCCGAGCCGUGUGCCCGCGCCCUGCGCCCGGCGAUGCGCGCCAAGUUGCGGGCCGGGGACCCGGGGCCGGCCCCCUAGGAGGCGGCGGCGGGAGGAUCGCGUCCCGGCCAGAGGCCGGGCCUGCUGCGCGCCCCCAGCCCGAGCGGCACCGCCACUUGCCUGAGCGCCUGGGCGGCCGGAGCGUGCCCCAAGCCCGGGCGCCGCAGCCGCCACCUCCGAGAGGUGCCUGUGACGUGGCGGCUCGAGAGCAGAUGACGAGGACUAGCUUUUAAUCCUUGGUGGUGAUUGAGAGAGAACUUAUUGGGGCCCAAGAGCCCUCCCGGACCUCCACUACCAUGUCGGGAUCCACACAGCCCGUGGCGCAGACGUGGAGAGCCUCUGAGCCCCGCUACCCACCCCACGGCAUUUCCUACCCAGUGCAGAUCACCCGGCCUCACACGGAUGUCGGGCUGCUCGAGUACCAGCACCACCCCCGAGACUACGCCUCGCACCUGUCGGCCGGCUCCAUCAUCCAGCCCCAAAGGAGGAGACCCUCCCUGCUGUCUGAAUUUCAGCCCGGAAAUGAACGGUCCCAGGAGCUCCACCUGCGACCAGAGUCCCACUCGUACCUGCCGGAGCUGGGCAAGUCAGACAUGGAGUUUAUUGAGAGCAAGCGCCCUCGCCUGGAGCUGUUGCCUGACCCGCUGCUCCGGCCGUCACCCUUGCUGGCCAGUGGCCAGCCUGGCGGGUCCGAGGACCUCACCAAGGACCGUAGCCUGACGGGCAAGCUGGAGCCAGUGUCUCCCCCCAGCCCCCCGCAUGCUGACCCUGAGCUGGAGCUGGUACCUCCAAGGCUCUCCAAGGAGGAGCUGAUCCAGAACAUGGACCGUGUGGACCGUGAGAUCACCAUGGUGGAGCAGCAGAUCUCUAAGCUGAAGAAAAAACAGCAACAGCUGGAGGAGGAGGCUGCCAAGCCGCCCGAGCCCGAGAAGCCCGUGUCGCCGCCGCCCAUCGAGUCGAAGCAUCGCAGCCUAGUGCAGAUCAUCUACGACGAGAACCGGAAGAAGGCUGAAGCUGCACACCGGAUUCUGGAAGGCCUGGGGCCCCAGGUGGAGCUGCCAUUGUACAACCAGCCCUCUGACACCCGGCAGUAUCAUGAGAACAUCAAAAUAAACCAGGCAAUGCGGAAGAAGUUAAUCCUGUACUUCAAGAGGAGGAACCACGCUCGGAAGCAAUGGGAGCAAAAGUUCUGCCAGCGCUAUGACCAGCUCAUGGAGGCCUGGGAGAAGAAAGUGGAACGCAUUGAGAACAACCCCCGGCGGCGGGCCAAGGAGAGCAAGGUGCGCGAGUACUACGAGAAGCAGUUCCCCGAGAUCCGCAAGCAGCGGGAGCUGCAGGAGCGUGUGCAGAGCAGGGUGGGCCAGCGUGGCAGUGGGCUCUCCAUGUCGGCUGCCCGCAGUGAGCACGAGGUGUCUGAGAUCAUCGAUGGCCUCUCGGAGCAGGAGAACCUGGAGAAGCAGAUGCGCCAGCUGGCUGUGAUCCCACCCAUGUUAUAUGAUGCCGACCAACAGCGGAUCAAGUUCAUCAACAUGAAUGGGCUCAUGGACGACCCCAUGAAGGUGUACAAAGACCGCCAGGUCAUGAACAUGUGGAGCGAGCAGGAGAAGGAGACCUUCCGGGAGAAGUUCAUGCAGCAUCCCAAGAACUUUGGCCUGAUCGCGUCGUUCUUGGAGAGGAAGACGGUGGCUGAGUGUGUCCUCUAUUACUACCUGACCAAGAAGAAUGAGAACUAUAAGAGCCUGGUGAGGCGGAGCUAUCGGCGCCGCGGCAAGAGCCAGCAGCAGCAACAGCAGCAGCAGCAGCAGCAGAUGCCCCGGAGCAGCCAGGAGGAGAAGGAGGAGAAGGAGAAGGAGGCUGAGAAGGAGGAGGAGAAGCCCGAUGUGGAGAACAAGGAGGACAAGGAGGAGCUCAGCAAGGAGAAGGCAGACGACACCUCUGGGGAGGACAACGAUGAGAAGGAGGCGGCGGCCUCCAAAGGCCGCAAAACCGCCAACAGCCAGGGGAGACGCAAGGGCCGCAUCACCCGCUCGAUGGCCAAUGAGGCCAACAAUGAGGAGACCGUCACCCCUCAACAGAGUGCCGAGCUGGCUUCGAUGGAGAUGAAUGAAAGCUCUCGCUGGACCGAAGAAGAAAUGGAAACAGCCAAGAAAGGUCUCCUGGAACACGGCCGGAACUGGUCGGCCAUCGCCCGGAUGGUGGGCUCCAAGACGGUGUCUCAGUGUAAGAACUUCUACUUCAACUACAAGAAGAGGCAGAACCUUGAUGAGAUCCUGCAGCAGCACAAGCUGAAGAUGGAGAAGGAGAGGAAUGCACGGAGGAAGAAAAAGAAAGCCCCGGCCGCGGCCAGCGAGGAGGCCGCCUUCCCACCCGUGGUGGAGGACGAGGAGAUGGAGGCUUCGGGCGCGAGUGGGAAUGAGGAGGAGAUGGCGGAGGAGGCAGAAGCCUUUCAUGCCUCUGGGAAUGAGGUGCCCAGAGGGGAAUGCAGUGGCCCAGCCACCGUCAACAAUAGCUCCGACACAGAGAGCAUCCCCUCCCCACACACCGAGGCCGCCAAGGACACGGGGCAGAAUGGACCCAAGCCCCCGCCUGCCCUGGGCACCGAUGGGCCACCCCCUGAGCCACCCACCCCACCUCCAGAGGAUGCCCCGGCCCCCACCGAGCCCACCCCAGCCCCCGACACCGCUAGCCCACCCCUGCCCCCACCGGCACCCUCAUCACCUGGCGCCCCCCCUCCUGUGGUCCCUAAAGAGGAGAAGGAUGAAGAAGCUGUGGCAGCCCCUGCAGACGGGGAGGGGGAGGAGCAGAAGCCCCCCAUGGCCAAGGAACUGGAGGUGGGAGUGGGCCAGAUGGAAGAGCCAGGAGUGGCGCCCCACGAGGAGCCCGUCAAGACCGAGUGCAAGGACGAGGUCCAGGACGAGAGUCCCGACAAGGGCAAGGGGACCGAGGCCGGGGCAGAGGCUGCGCCUGACGGAGCCCUCAAGGUGGAGAAGAAGGAGGGUGGGGGCAGCAGAGCCACCUCGGCCAAGGGCUCAGGCGCCCCCCAGGACAGCGACUCGAGCGCCACCUGCAGCGCCGACGAGGUGGACGAGCCUGAGGGGGGCGACAAGAACAGGCUGCUGUCCCCGAGGCCCAGCCUCCUCACCCCAACUGGCGACCCCAGGGCCAUCGCCUCGCCCCAGAAGCCGCUGGACCUGAAACAGCUGAAGCAGCGGGCGGCUGCCAUCCCCCCCAUUGUCACCAAAGUCCAUGAACCUCCCCGGGAGGAUGCAGCACCCGCUAAGCCGGCUCCACCUGCCCCGCCACCCCCACAGCACCUGCAGCCGGAGAGCGACUCCCCCCAGCAGCAGCCCAGCAGCAGCCCUCGAGGCAAAAGCAGGAGCCCUGUGCCUCCCGUCGAGAAGGAGGCAGAGAAGCCCGUGUUCUUCCCGGCCUUCACGACUGAUGGCCAGAAGCUGCCUGCGGAGCCUCCUUGCUGGACGUCGGGCCUGCCCUUCCCUGUGCCCUCUCGUGAGGUGAUCAAGGCCUCCCCACAUGCCCCGGACCCCUCGGCCUUCUCCUAUGCGCCACCCGGUCAUGCGCUGCCCCUGGGCCUGCAUGACAGCGCCCGGCCCGUCUUGCCACGCCCCCCCACCAUCUCCAACCCACCGCCCCUCAUCUCCUCCACCAAGCACCCCAGCGUCCUCGAGAGGCAAAUGGGCGCCAUCUCCCAGGGAAUGUCAGUCCAGCUCCACGUCCCAUACUCAGAGCAUGCCAAGGCCCCAGUGGGCCCCAUCACCAUGGGGCUGCCACUUGCCAUGGACCCCAAAAAGCUGGCGCCCUUCAGCGGAGUGAAGCAGGAGCAGCUGUCCCCACGGGGCCAGGCUGGGCCACCAGAGAGCCUGGGGGUGCCUACAGCACAAGAAACAUCUGUACUGAGAGGGACAGCUCUGGGUUCAGUUCCAGGCGGAAGCAUCACCAAAGGUAUCCCCAGCACACGGAUGCCUUCGGAGAGCUCCAUCACGUACCGUGGCUCCAUUACCCACGGCACUCCAGCUGAUGUCCUGUACAAGGGCACCAUCACCAGGAUCAUUGGCGAGGACAGUCCCAGCCGCCUGGACCGCAGCCGGGAAGAUGGCCUACCCAAGGGCCAUGUCAUCUAUGAAGGCAAGAAGGGCCACGUCUUGUCCUACGAGGGCAGCAUGUCUGUGUCCCAGUGCUCCAAGGAGGACGGCAGGAACAGCUCAGGACCCACCCAUGAGACGGCUGCCCCCAAGCGCACCUAUGACAUGAUGGAGGGCCGUGUCAGCAGGGCCAUCUCCUCAGCCAGCAUUGAAGGUCUCAUGGGCCGUGCCAUUCCGCCUGAGCGACACAGCCCCCACCAUCUCAAAGAGCAGCACCACGUCCGUGGCUCCAUCACACAAGGGAUCCCGCGGUCCUACGUGGAGGCUCAGGAGGACUAUCUGCGUCGGGAGGCCAAGCUCCUGAAGCGUGAGGGCACGCCACCCCCACCCCCGCCACCCCCACGGGACCUGGCGGAGGCCUACAAGACCCGGCCCUUGGAGGCCCUGGGCCCCCUGAAGCUGAAGCCAGCGCACGAGGGCCUGGUGGCAACAGUGAAGGAGGCAGGCCGCUCGAUCCACGAGAUCCCCCGCGAGGAGCUGCGGCGCACACCCGAGCUGCCCCUGACCCCGCGGCCGCUCAAGGAGGGCUCCAUCACACAGGGUACCCCACUCAAGUAUGACAGCGGCACGUCCUCUGCUGGCUCUAAGAAGCACGACGUGCGCUCCAUCAUCGGCAGCCCCGGCCGCACCUUCCCUCCUGUGCACCCGCUGGACGUGAUGGCAGAUACCCGGGCUCUGGAGCGUGCCUGCUACGAGGAAAGCCUGAAGAGCCGGCCGGGGGCUGUUAGCAGCUCAGGGGGCUCCAUCACCCGUGGGGCCCCAGUCAUCGUGCCUGAGCUGGGCAAGCCGCGGCAAAGCCCACUGACCUAUGAGGACCAUGGGGCACCCUUCGCUGGCCACCUGCCACGUGGCUCGCCCGUGACCACGCGGGAGCCCACACCACGCCUGCAAGAGGGCAGCCUCUCAUCCAGCAAGGCGUCCCAGGAUCGAAAGCUGACGUCGACACCCCGUGAGAUCGCCAAGUCCCCGCAUAGCGCUGUGCCUGAGCACCACCCCCACCCCAUCUCACCCUAUGAGCACCUGCUUCGGGGUGUGAGUGGUGUGGACCUGUACCGCGGCCACAUCCCACUGGCCUUUGACCCCACUUCUAUACCCCGCGGGAUCCCUCUGGAUGCAGCAGCUGCUGCCUAUUACCUGCCCCGGCACCUGGCUCCCAAUCCCACCUACCCACACCUGUACCCACCUUACCUCAUCCGUGGCUACCCCGACACGGCGGCUCUGGAGAACCGCCAGACCAUCAUCAAUGACUACAUCACCUCGCAGCAGAUGCACCAUAACGCAGCCACCGCCAUGGCCCAGCGAGCUGACAUGCUGAGGGGCCUCUCUCCCCGGGAGUCCUCGCUGGCGCUCAACUACGCCGCUGGCCCGCGAGGCAUCAUCGACUUGUCCCAAGUGCCACACCUGCCUGUGCUGGUACCGCCGACACCAGGCACACCAGCCACCACCAUGGACCGCCUCGCCUACCUCCCCACGGCACCCCAGCCUUUCAGCAGCCGCCACAGCACCUCCCCACUAUCCCCAGGAGGUCCCACUCACUUGACAAAACCGACCACCACGUCCUCAUCUGAGAGGGAGCGGGAACGAGACCGAGACCGAGAUCGGGAGCGGGAACGGGAGCGUGAGAAGUCCAUCCUCACAUCCUCCACGACAGUGGAGCAUGCACCCAUCUGGAGACCUGGUACGGAGCAGAGCAGCGGUGGCAGCGGCAGCAGCGGGGUAGGGGGCAGCAGCAGCCGCCCCGCCUCCCACUCCCAUGCCCACCAGCACUCGCCCAUCUCCCCCCGGACCCAGGACGCGCUCCAGCAGAGACCCAGUGUGCUGCACAACACAGGCAUGAAGGGCAUCAUCACCUCCGUGGAGCCCAGCACGCCCACAGUCCUGAGGUGGGCCAGGUCCACCUCCACCUCCUCCCCUGUCCGCCCGGCUGCCACAUUCCCACCCGCCACCCACUGCGCACUGGGCAGCACCCUCGAUGGGGUCUACCCUACCCUCAUGGAGCCCGUCUUGCUACCCAAGGAGGCCUCUCGGGUCGCCCGGCCUGAGCGGCCCCGCGCAGACACCAGCCAUGCUUUCCUCACCAAGCCCCCAGCCCGCUCCGGGCUGGAGCCCGCCUCCUCCCCUGGCAAGGGCUCCGAGCCCCGGCCCCUAGCGCCCACCGGCUCCACCCACGCGGCCAUCGCCCGCACCCCAGCGAAGAGCCUCGCACCCCAUCACACCAGCCCGGACCAACCGGCACCGCCCACCUCGGCCUCGGAUCCACACCGGGAAAAGACUCAAAGUAAACCCUUUUCCAUCCAGGAAUUGGAACUCCGUUCUCUGGGUUACCACAGUGGCAGCUACAGCCCCGAUGGGGUGGAGCCUGUCAGCCCCGUGAGCUCACCCAGCCUGACCCAUGACAAGGGGCUCCCCAAGCACCUGGAAGAUGUCGACAAGAGCCAUCUGGAGGGUGAGAUGCGGCACAAGCAGCCAGGCCCCGUGAAGCUCGGCGGUGAGGCUGCCCACCUCCCGCACCUGCGGCCACUGCCUGAGAGCCAGCCCUCAUCUAGCCCGCUGCUGCAGACCGCCUCGGGGGUCAAAGGUCACCAGCGGGUGGUCACCCUGGCACAGCACAUCAGUGAGGUCAUCACACAGGACUACACAAGGCACCACCCGCAGCAGCUCAGUGCGCCCCUACCUGCCCCCCUCUACUCCUUCCCUGGGGCCAGCUGCCCCGUGCUGGACCUCCGCCGCCCACCCAGCGAUCUCUACCUCCCGCCCCCAGAACAUGGUGCCCCAGCCCGCAGCUCCCCGCACAGUGAAGGGGGCAAGAGGUCUCCAGAGCCAAGCAAGACUUCAGCCCUGGGAGGCGGCGAGGAUGGAAUUGAACCUGUGUCCCCGCCGGAGGGCAUGACAGAGCCAGGGCAUCCCCGGAGUGCGGUGUACCCGCUGCUGUAUCGGGACGGGGAGCCAACAGAGCCCAGGAUGGGCUCCAAAUCUCCAGGCAAUACCAGUCAGCCCCCAGCCUUCUUCAGCAAGCUGACCGAGAGCAACUCCGCCAUGGUCAAGUCCAAGAAGCAGGAGAUAAACAAGAAGCUGAACACCCACAACCGGAGCGAGCUGGAAUACAAUGUCGGCCAGCCUGGGACAGAGAUCUUCAACAUGCCUGCCAUCACCGGAGCAGGCCUUAUGACCUGUAGGAGCCAGGCGGUGCAGGAGCAUGCCAGCACCAACAUGGGGCUCGAGGCCAUUAUUAGAAAGGCACUCAUGGGUAAAUAUGAUCAGUGGGAAGAGGCCCCGCCACUCAGCGCCAAUGCUUUUAACCCUCUGAAUGCCAGUGCCAGCCUGCCCGCUGCUAUGCCCAUAACCGCUGCUGAUGGACGGAGUGACCACACACUCACCUCGCCAGGUGGCGGUGGGAAAGCCAAAGUUUCUGGCAGACCCAGCAGCCGAAAAGCCAAGUCCCCAGCCCCGGGCCUGGCAUCUGGGGACCGGCCACCCUCUGUCUCCUCAGUGCACUCGGAGGGAGAUUGCAACCGCCGGACACCACUCACCAACCGUGUGUGGGAGGACAGGCCCUCAUCUGCAGGUUCCACGCCAUUCCCUUACAACCCCCUGAUCAUGCGGCUGCAGGCGGGUGUCAUGGCCUCCCCACCCCCACCUGGCCUCCCCGCGGGCAGCGGACCCCUUGCUGGCCCCCACCAUGCCUGGGAUGAGGAGCCCAAGCCACUGCUCUGCUCACAGUACGAGACGCUCUCUGACAGCGAGUGACUCAGAAUGGGGUGGGGGGCAGCACCAGGACCCAGCAAGCAUCAGGAACAGCCCAGCGAGGAGCGGGGCAGCCACCAACUCCCCCACCAAGGAAGGAGCCCCUGAGUCUGCCUGCGCGUCUGUCUGUCCGUCCAUCCAGAGCCGGCCUCCUUGCCUGUCUAAAGCCUUAAAACUAAGACUCCCGCCCCAGGCUGGCCCUGUACAGUGACCUUACUCAGGGGAUGUUUACCUGGUGCUUGGGAGAGGAGGAGAGAGGGCCGGGGAGGGGGUAUAGCAAGCGUGUGGCAGCCACAAGCAUGCGGCCGGGGCGGCCAGGGACCCAAAGCAGGAUGACCACGCACCUCCACGCCACUGCCUCCCCGCUUAAUGCAUUUGGAACCAAAGUCUAAACUGAGCUAGCAGUCCCCACACCCUCCCUCCACCUCCUAUCCUGCUUAGUGCUCUGGACAGACGGACACAGGCACUGUCCAGCCCCCAGUGCUCUCGUCCUGGUCCCCACAGGUGGCCUCAGCCAAGGACUGCUGGAAACUGAGUCAGGCCAGGUGGGCAGACAAAAGGGCCAGGCGCAGCCUGGGGCGAGCGGAUGCUCAGAAGAGCUGGACUGUUUUUUUCACACAUCGUUGCCGCAGCGGUGGGAAGGAAAGGCAGGUGUAAAUGAUGUAUUGGUUUACAGGGUAUAUUUUUGAUACCUUCAAUGAAUUAAUUCAGAUGUUUUACGCAAGGAAGGACUUACCCAGUAUUAUUGCUGCUGUGCUUUCGAUCUCUGCUUACCGUUAAGAGGCGUGUGCCGGCCAACAGUCAGUGACCCCAUCGUCCAUAGGACCGAGGGGGCGGGGGCUGCCGGCUCACCAGCCCCCACGUCCUCCCUCCCUCCCUUCCUUGGGCAGAAUGAAUUUGAUGCGUAUUCUGUGGCCGCCAUCUGUGCAGGGCGGUGGCAUUCUGUCAUUUACACACGUCGUUCUAAUUAAAAAGCGGUUAUACUCAAGUUACAAA